AUGUCCAAGCAAGGAAAGGGCGGGGGUGCCGCGGGCAAGGCGAAGAAGCCUGCCAAGGCUGGCGCCGACGAGAAGGGAGAAGACGUUCUCCAGGCCGUGAUUCUGGCCGACUCGUUUCAAGACAAGUUCAAGCCCUUCACGUUAGAGACCCCAAGAUGCCUCCUUCCCCUGGUCAACGUCCCGGUGAUCGAGUACACCCUCGAGUUCCUCGCAUCGAAUGGCGUCCAAGAGGUCUUCAUCUACUGCGGCGCACAUUCCGAAAACAUCGAGCGCUACAUCCACGAGUCCACGCGAUGGAGCCCCGCCAGCGCCAUCUCCCCGUUCUCCUCGCUCGAAUUCAUCCGCGUCUCGGACGCGCACUCGAUCGGCGAUUUCCUACGAGACCUGGAUAAGCGAGGCAUCAUCACUGGCGACUUUGUUCUCGUCCAUGGCGACCUGGUCUCAAACAUCCAGUUGGACGCUGCUCUGGCGAAGCACCGCGCGAGAAGGGAGGCAAACCGCGACGCUUGCAUGACCGUAGUCCUGCGCUCCGUCGGGGACCAGCCACAUCGGGCAGCGAAGGCUCGAGGAAUUACACCCGUCUUUGUCGUCGACCCAGCAACAGGGCGAUGCCUGCAGUACGAGGAGAUGCACCCGCUCCAGAGCGAACACUAUCUUGACUUGGACCCCGCGGUAUUCUCUCACGGCGAGUUCGAGAUUCGCACCGACCUGGUCGAUUGCGGCAUCGACAUCUGCACCCCAGACGUGCUGGCGCUGUGGUCAGAAAGUUUCGACUACGAGCUGCCGAGGAAAAACUUCUUGCACGGCGUGCUAAAGGACUGGGAGUUGAACGGCAAGCUCCUGUACGCUGAAAUCCUAGACGAGGGGUAUGCGGCGCGUGCCAGCAACCUUCAGAUGUAUGACUGCAUCAGUCGGGAUGUGCUCGAGCGGUGGACGCUCCCAUUUGUGCCCGACAGCAACCUGAUCCACGGCCAGACAUACAAAAGAGUAAAAGGCGGCAACUACGUCGAGGACCAUGCCCUCGCCGAGAGGGGAGCCAAGGUAACACGGUCCGUGGUCGGAAGAGGAACAACCAUCAAGGCGGGAAGCGUCAUCUCCGGAAGCAGUAUCGGGAGGCGGUGCAAGAUCGGGAAGGACGUCAGGAUCGAGAACAGCCACAUCUGGGACGAUGCGGUAAUAGGAGAUGGUGCCUCUGUUGUACACUCGGUACUGGCAGGCUCGGUCGUCGUUGGCGCGCAUUGCCGGAUUCCCGAGGGUUCGCUCAUUUCAUAUAACGUACACAUCGACAGCGGCAUCCAGAUGCCAUCCAAACCGCCGGCACGGAUAUCGGUUCUGACCGACGACGGCCAGCUCGCCCCCACGGAUACCUCACUAGUCGGCCCAGGCGGCACUGGCGCACUGUACGAGGUCGCCGCGGACGAGGAGGAAUCGGACGACGAGGACGGAGCAAAUAGAGACCCCGCCAUCCUUCAAAGCUCGCUCAUCUACUCCCUCGAAGGCCUGAACAUCUCCACCUCGUCCAUCUCCACCCUCGCCUCCGAACAAGACGACUACGACACGGACAACGACAACAUCUCCCUCGCCGGCUCGGUGCAAGCAGGUGACUACUUCGGCAGCCACGCCCGCGACCGCCUGUCGUCGUUCGCCUCGGACGAGUCAGCCUCCAAGCCUGACGGCGACUUCCACAACGACGCCGUCAACGGCCUCGUCGACGCCCUCCGCGCCGACGACAGCACCGACUUUGACUCGGCCAAGCUCGAGUUUAUGGGCCUGCGUCUCGCCAACAACGCCUCUGACAGCGCCAUGCGCCGCGCCAUCGCCGUCGCGUUCGUCCGCCGCGCCGCCGAGCUGAUGAGGCCCGAGCACGGAGGGCUGGAGCUCACCAAGGCCGUCGCCGAGGCGCUCACGUCCAAGCACGGCGCCGUCAAGUUUAUCAAGGAGGUUGGUGUUGGCGGGGAUGGGGUCGCGCAGCAGGCCGAGUUUGCCCUGGCCGUGCAGCGGGCGCUACUGGGCGAGCUGAAGGAGCUGGAGGUGGGCAGGGCGGGCGCGCUCUUGGCGGCGCUGCUGCAGCAGCUGUAUAACCGCGACGUGCUCGAGGAGGAGGGGAUCCUGGCGUGGUGGGCGGAUAAGAGGGUGGGGGAGGGCGAGAAGAUGGAUGCGCUGAGGGAGAAGUGUCGCGUGUUGGUGGAGUGGUUGGAGAAUGCUGAUGAGGAGGAAAGUAGUGAGGAGGAGGAAGAGGAUAAUGAGCAUGAUGAAGACGAGUGA